AUGCCCGGGGUUAGGCCGAUAUCAAAAUCAAAAAUAAUAUUUCCACUUUCUAAAAUAUCUUUUGACUUGCUUGAAAACAUACUAUCAUUCGUAAUAAAACACGAAGACGCUCAAGUUUUCGAAGCACAAGUGCUUUACGUCAAUCGAACGUGGGCAAGAGCAGCGGUCACGCAUAUAUGGAGCCACAUUUACAUUAUCGAACCAACACAACAACAUACACUUCUCUACGUUCUCAGGUCAUCACCCGACCAAUUAAUGUUCAACUAUCGUGCCAUGAUACGGAGCGUGACUAUUUAUCCUGUAUCCAUCUCAAACAUGAAACCUGGUGGGUUGUUGCGAUCAUUAAAGGUUCUUCGAGAAAAUUUACCAAAUUUGAAAAAACUGCAUGUGGAGGAUAAACUUUCGUUUUGCCAUGUUUGUUAUGUGGGUAGGGAAGCGACGACGGCGCAAAUUGGCAAGUUGCUUUGUGUUAAAGGAUUGAAAGAGUUGAAACUUGAUUCGAAUCACUGGACAUUUAAUGAUGAGCUGUUAGAGAUUAUGAUGCCGGCGAUGACCGGUGGAUUAAACCGUCUCUCACUAAACGGUGAAAAUUUCACAGAUGAAGGAAUUAUUGAACACGUAAUUCCAAAUCUAAAAGAUGAUCUAAUAGAAUUCUCGGCUGAACACCGUGGUUUAAAUCCGGUCUCAAUAACAGGCCGUUCGAUUCUCGCAAUACUCUCCGAUUGUCGGAACCUAAAAAGAAUGUCACUCGAAGGAAUAUACCUGCAUGAUCAAGACUUUCUAUUUGAGGAACUACCAGAAAGCAAAUUAGAACAUCUAACUCUCGGAAAAGUAUCACCACAAGAUUUCACGACAUUCGGAUUUCGCUCAUUGCUGCUCACAUGUCAUAAGACACUAAUUUCGCUAGUCCUCGAUAUGGACCACAUCUCGCAAACCGUUCUUCAGGACAUAAUUAUCCCAUUAUUUCAACGAUCGCAACUCCAAGAACUUCAUUUAGUGUCAGAAUCUUGGGCAGCUUGGACGGCACAUUAUCCACGUCCACGGUAUGAACAUGAGCUACGUGCCAAAGAAGCAAUGUGGCGAUGGAAGAUGAAGGCAUAUUGGGGAUUGUCGGAUGAAUUGAUUAAAUUGGUGGGAGAGGAGGUGAAAACGUUGAGGGUUUUUAGUAUCUUGGGCAAAAAUCAUUUAAAUAUUUAA